UUGGAUCGAGCUUGGGCUGGGACGGUGGGUAGGAUCAGGUUUGGGAGUUUGAGUCCGAUGAAGGGAUCCGACCCGGUAUUGACAGAGAACUUCCCGGUUCCCUCUGAGUGGGAAAAGGUUAUGCGGUGUUCGUACUGAAUGGUUGGAGACGACGAUGAAGCUCACAUGGAAGAACAAGGGCAAUAGUAAGAAGCGAUCUCUUACAACUAUUUCAACCCGUUCAAAUCUUCCUUUUGAGGUACCUGGCGUGGUGGAGGAAGACGAUAGGGCUAAUCCCCAAGUUAAAGAAGUAACCGCCCAGCCGGUAGACCGGAGUGAGGAUGAAGCUUCAGACCGUUCCCUUUCAGACCUCAAACGUCUCGCUGAAUCAUUUCAAGCUCAAGGCAAUACGCUUGCGGAGGGUGGGAAAUUCCGGGAGGCUCUGGGAAAAUGGGAGACUGCUCUUACUUUGAUGCCCGAAAAUGCAGUUUUACAUGAACAAAAGGCACAAGUUCUACUGGAGGUUGGGGAAGCUUGGGGUGCUUUGAAGGCUGCAACCAGAGCUACUGACUUAGAUCCAUCAUGGGCUGAGGCGUGGAUCACCCUUGGUAGAGCACAGUUAAACUUUGGGGAACCAGAUAGUGCUAUAGAAAGCUUUGACAGAGCACUGGCCAUUAAGCCUGAUUCUGGGGAUGUUCAAGAUGACCGACAAACUGCAAUGCGUCUUAUAAAGCGGCGAAAACAGCUCCAUUCAGCUGGGUUGAGCAGUUCUAAAAAUCGUUAUUUGGUGGGAGAGAAGUUGAGCGAUGCUGAUGGUUCAUGAAGUGUAUUCUGGUAAAGGAUCGGAUGUAGUUUGUAAUUUAGGUUCUUAAAGCAGGGUUGAGUUUCCCCAUGAUCAAAAGCAUCGUGUAUGUGUAUUCCGAAAAAAAGAAAAGAAAAUGCCGUAUUUACUCAGGUUUAUUUAGUUUACAAAUCAGUCCUGUGUGUUUUUUAAACUGAAACUAUGAAAAAAAAAAUAAUACAAGUACCUAAACAGGGAAAUGGUCUAAAAUAACUACUUUUAGGCUGCGUUUUGACUGA